AUGUUCCGCUCCGUCUCGACCGAGUCCUCGGGCUCGGGCAUCAACCCCUCGACAGCCGCUCGCCUCCAGCGUCUGCCGACCCCCCCUCGCAGCCCUGGAUUGGUUCCCCUGGGACGACAACUGACCUUGAUCGAACCUCCGAUGACGAAGGGAGUUCGGUUCCUGAUCCUGGAUUGUCCCACGGACUCGACACUGCCGUUCUAUCUCGGAGAAUUGAAGCGCAAUAAUGUCACGGAUGUGGUGCGUUGCUGCGAGCCGACUUAUAGAGCGGAGACGCUGCAGAGCGAGGGGAUAACCGUACAUGAUUGGCCCUUCCGCGAUGGUGCUGUGCCCCCUACCAACAUCAUCAAGAACUGGCUUCAGCUGGAGGACGAGGAGGCUCCGGCUCCCCCGACGAUCGCGGUCCACUGCGUUGCGGGACUGGGUCGUGCGCCGAUCUUGGUGGCGAUUGCGAUGAUUGAAUUGGGGAUGGCGAACCUGGACACGGUCGAGUUUAUCCGUCGUCGCCGUCGCGGAUGCUUCAACAGCAACCAGAUCCAGUACAUUGAUGGAUACAAGCGUGGAAAGAUUCUGAAGCAUUCGCUCGGGACCGGGAACGGGAGUGGAUCCGGAGGCGUUGGGGGUGGCUCUGGAUCGGCUACAAGUGGACUGAAGAGCGGACUGAGCAAGAUGUUCCGACUGAAGGCUUGACUCGACGUAGUUAGGGUAUUGAAGGAGAUCUAUGAGGCGGAGGAAAUCUUGAUGGAACGCAUGAAGAAGAAGACACUGAGAGGUGGAAGGAGAUUGAAGGCGGUUUUAGCAAGAGGAGAAGAAGUAAUAGGAGGAACGAUGGUUCGGAUGCAGACAGGACGACGACACGGAGGAUGCCAUGCAGAUAUGGUUGGAGGCGUGAAAAAACGGACGAGUACGACAUCAUGGCUUAGGCGAAUAGAGACAGUAAUCUGCGAACGAGAUCGACAUCCACAUCCACUUCAAUAUCGACAUCGACGGCGAGCUUUACGAUGGUCUAAGAGCAGAGGCACUUCUGAGGCGAUGGAGAAGGUUGCUGAGCAAAGGAUGGUCGAUCACGGUCGAGGAGUAGGCGCGUUUUUGUUGAUGCACGCCUUUUAUUAGAUCAGCACUUUUUUUUA